GGAGCUAUCGCGACAUUGUCGUGCGUGGCGCCGAGAACUCGGUCUUGGAGCUUCCGGGCUCCAUUGCUGGGCGGCUGCAGUCUGCUGCCGUCCCGGUCCGGCCGCGGGCACUGGGGUCCCGGGGCUGGCUGGGGAUUGAUACACCGCAGCAUGGAGCCUAAGAAGGAGCUGGCCCAGAACAGCCCCGAGACAGAAGUGCAGCAAGAAGAUAAGAAGGAGGAGCAAGCAGAAAAGAAGGUGAAGGAGGAGAAGCAGGAGAAGGAUCAGGAGGAAGAGGCGGAGGAAGGGAAAGAGCAGCAGGAGGAAGGUGAAGGUAAAGCUGUCGAGGGCCCCUGUGUGCCAGGCGAGCAUUGCCCCGAGUGCGGGCAGAGCCUCCCGCCCGGCUGGCAGCCGGGGAAGCAGCAGUGCCCCCAGCCUGGCACCCAGCGCUUCAUCUGCAGCCACUGCGGCCAGAGCCGCUCCGGCCUCCUCCAGCGGCAGCAGGGAGGCACCCAGCCGGGUCCUAAGCUGCUGUUGGAGUGCGGCGAGUUCGGCAAGAGCUUUGCCAGCAGCUCUAGUCCCAGGCAGCACCACCAAAUCCAUGCUGGGAAGAAGCAGUUCCCCUGCGUUGAGUGUGGCAAAAGCUUUUCCCAAAGUACUCAUCUCCUUGACCACUGGAACAUUCACACCGGGGAGAGGCCUUACAGCUGCAGUGUUUGUGGGAAAAGCUUUGCCGGCAGGACUGUUCUCAGGCGUCACAGCCAAAUCCAUGCUGAGAGGAAGCAGUUCCCCUGUGGUGACUGUGGCAAGAGCUUCACCAACAGCUCUGAUCUCCUUGAGCACUGGAAUGUUCACCUGGGGGAGAAGCCAUACAGCUGCAGUGUUUGUGGCAAAAGCUUUGCCAGCAGGUCUGGUCUCAGGCAGCACCGCCAAAUCCAUGCUGGGAAGCAGCAGUUCCUCUGUGUUGACUGUGGCAAGAGCUUCACCAGAAGCACUACUCUCCGAAUUCAUCGUCGAAUCCACACCGGGGAGAACCCAUACAGCUGUGGUGACUGUGGCAAGAGCUUUAUCAGCAGUUCUGCUCUUAGAUGUCACCAUCACAUCCACACUGGGAAGAAGCCCUACAGCUGCAGUGACUGUGGCAAGAGUUUCACCUACAGUUCUACUCUCAAAAUUCACCAUCGCAUCCACACCGGGGAGAAGCCCUACAGCUGUGGUGACUGUGGCAAGAGCUUCAUCAGCAGUUCUGCUCUCAACAUCCACCGUCGCAUCCACACUGGGAAGAAGCCCUACAGCUGCAGUGACUGUGGCAAGAGCUUCACCAGCAGUUCUGCUCUCAACUACCACCGUCGCAUCCACAACAGGGAGAAGCUGUGUACAUGCUGUGAAUGCAGCAAGAUCUUUAUCAGCAGCUCUGCUCUCUGCUGUCACCGUCGCAUCCACACCAGGGAGAAGGUGUACAGCUGCCAUGACUGUGGCAAGAGCUUUAGCAGUAGCUCUACUCUUAGCCGUCACCGUCGCACCCACACCGGGGAGAAGCCCUACAUCUGUGGUGACUGUGGCAAGAGCUUCACCAGCAGCUCUGUUCUCAACCGUCACCGUCGCAUGCACACCGGGGAGACGCCGUACAGAUGCGGUGACUGCGGCAAGAGCUUUACCCGCAGCUCUGCUCUCAGCUGUCACCAACAGAUCCAUACUGAGAAGAAGUCAUACAGCUGCAGUGACUGCAGCAAGAGCUUCACCAGGAGCUCUGCUCUCAGCUGUCACCGUCGCAUCCACACUGGGGAGAAGCCAUACAGCUGUGAUGACUGUGGCAAGAGCUUUACCAGUAGCUAUUCUCUCAGCUGUCACCGUCGCAUCCACACAGGGGAGAAGCCCUACAGCUGUGGUGACUGCGGCAGGAGCUUUACCAGCAGUUCUGCUCUCAGCUACCAUCGGCACAUCCACAACAGGGAGAAGCUGUAUGAGUGUAGUGAAUGCAGCAAGACUUUCACCACCAGCUCUGCUCUCAGCCGUCACUGUCGCAUCCACAGCAGGGAGAAGCCGUACAGCUGUGAUGACUGUGGCAAGAGCUUUAUCAGUAGCUAUUCUCUCAGCUGUCACCGUCGCAUCCACACAGGGGAGAGGCCCUACAGCUGUGGUGACUGCGGCAGGAGCUUUACCAGCAGCUCUGCUCUCAGGUACCACUGUCGCGUACACCGGGGGGAGAAGCUGUAUGAGUGUAGUGAAUGCAGCAAGACCUUUACCACCAGCUCUGCCCUCAGGCAUCACCGUCGCAUCCACACUGGGGAGAAGCCAUACAGCUGUGAUGACUGUAACAAGAGCUUUACCAGCAGUUCUGCUCUCAGCCGUCACUGUCGCAUCCACAACAGGGAGAAGCUGUAUGAGUGUAGUGAAUGCAGCAAGACCUUCACCACCAGCUCUGCUCUCAGGCAUCACCAUCGCAUCCACACUGGGGAGAAGCCCUACAGCUGUGGUGACUGCGGCAGGAGCUUUACCAGCAGUUCUGCUCUCAGCUACCACCGGCGCACCCACAACAGGGAGAAGCUGUAUGAGUGUAGUGAAUGCAGCAAGACCUUUACCACCAGCUCUGCCCUCAGGCAUCACCAUCGCAUCCACACUGGGGAGAAGCCAUACAGCUGUGAUGACUGUAACAAGAGCUUUACCAGCAGUUCUGCUCUCAGCUACCACCGGCGCACCCACAACAGGGAGAAGCUGUAUGAGUGUAGUGAAUGCAGCAAGACCUUCACCACCAGCUCUGCUCUCAGGUACCACCGUCGCAUCCACAGCGGGGAGAAGCCGUACAGCUGUGGGGACUGUGGCAAGAGCUUUACCAGUAGCUCUACUCUCAGCUGUCACCGUCGCAUCCACACCGGGGAGAAGCCGUACAGCUGCGGUGACUGCGGCAAGAGCUUUCUCCACAGUUAUGCUCUCCGUUGUCACCGUCGCAUCCACACGGGGGAGAAGCCCUACACCUGCAGUGAAUGCGGCAAGAGCUUUUCCUGGAGACCUAAUCUGACCUGUCACCAACGCAGCCACAACAGGGAGAAGCCAUACAAAUGUGGCAACUGUGGCAAGAGCUUUACCAGCAGCUCUGCUCUGAGCUAUCACUUCCUCACCCACAGCGGGGAGAAGCUGUACAGCUGUGUCUGCGGCGUGAGCUUCCAGCAGGACAGAGAUCUGAGCAAGCACCUGCACAGCUGCAGGUACCAGAAGACGAACAAUGACAGCAAAGCUUCCAAGGGUCCCCUCUCUGAGUGCCACCAGGAGGAGCAGCAGGAAGAGGCAGAGAAUGAGCAGCAGGGUGAAGGUGAGACCCCUAUCAUGGAUCCUCAGAUUGAGCUGAGCCAGAGGCACCCUGAGACUGUAGUGAAGCAGGAAGAGGAGGAGGAGGAGAAAAAAGAGACAGUGGAGAAGGAGCAGGCAGAAAAGGAGGUGAAGGAGGAGAAGCAGGAGGAUGAUCAGGAAGGAUGGGGAAGGCCCCCGAAGAGCCCCAAGCUGCAGUUGGGCUACAAUGAAUGUGGCGAGAGCUUUGCCGGCAGCCCUGAUCUCCUUGAGCACUGCAAGGUCCACACCAGGAAGAAGCAGUUCGGCAGCGGUGUCCGUGGCAAGAACAUUGCCUACAGUAGCAGUCUAAACUAUCACCUGGCCCUGCACACUGGGGAGAAGCCAUACAGCUGUGGUGGCUGCAGCAAGAGCUUCACCCACAGAUUUUCUCUCACCAAGCACUGCAUUGUCCACAAGACAGAUGGCAUCGGUGCCACCAUUAACUCCAGUGCCGCCAGCAACCGCAGUGCCACCGGUAACGCCCGUGGCAGCAGCUGCCGCAGCGCCGUCGAUCCCCGUUACAACGGAGAGCUCCGAAAAGAGCCUUUGGUUACGGAAGCAGCGGGGGCCCGGAGCGGAGGGAGCUGGGCGGGGAUCGGAACUAUCGCGACAGUGUCGUGCGUGGCGCCGAGAACUCGGUCUUGGAGCUUCCGGGCUCCAUUGUUGGGCGGCUGCAGUCUGCUGCCGUCCCGGUCCGGCCGCGGGCACUGGGGUCCCGGGGCUGGCUGGGGAUUGAUACACCGCAGCAUGGAGCCUAAGAAGGAGCUGGCUCAGAACAGCCCCGAGACAGAAGUGCAGCAAGAAGAGAAGGAGGAGCAGGCAGAAAAGAAGGUGAAGGAGGAGAAGCAGGAGGAGGAUCAGGAGGAAGAGGCGGAGGAAGAGAAAGAGCAGCAGGAGGAAUGUGAAGGUGAAGCUGCCGCGGACCCCUGUGUGCCAGGCGAGCAUUGCCCCGAGUGCGGGCAGAGCCUCCCGCCCGGCUGGCAGCCGGGGAAGCAGCAGUGCCCCCAGCCUGGCACCCAGCGCUUCAUCUGCACCCACUGCGGCCAGAGCCGCUCCGGCCUCCUCCAGCGGCAGCAGGGAGGCACCCAGCCGGGUCCUAAGCUGCUGUUGGAGUGCGGCGAGUUCGGCAAGAGCUUUGCCAGCAGCUCUAGUCCCAGGCAGCACCACCAAAUCCAUGCUGGGAAGAAGCAGUUCCCCUGCGUUGAGUGUGGCAAAAGCUUUUCCAAAAGUUCUGAUCUCCUUGACCACUGGAACAUUCACACCGGGGAGAAGCCUUACAGCUGCAGUGUUUGUGGCAAGAGCUUUGCCGGCAGGACUGUUCUCAGGCGUCACAGCCAAAUCCAUGCUGAGAGGAAGCAGUUCCCCUGUGGUGACUGUGGCAAGAGCUUCACCAACAGCUCUGAUCUCCUUGAGCACUGGAAUGUUCACCUGGGGGAGAAGCCGUACAGCUGCAGUGUUUGUGGCAAAAGCUUUGCCAGCAGGUCUGGUCUCAGGCAGCACCGCCAAAUCCAUGCUGGGAAGAAGCAGUUCCCCUGUGUUGACUGUGGCAAGAGCUUCACCUGCGGCUCUGAUCUCAGAAUUCACCGUCGCAUCCACACCGGGCAAAAGCCGUACAGGUGUGGUGUCUGUGGCAAGAGCUUUGCCUUCCGUUCCUAUCUUAGCCAGCACCGCCAAAUCCAUGCUGGGAAGAAGUUCCCCUGUCGAGACUGCGGCAAGAGCUUCACCAACAGCACUGCGCUAAUCCAUCACUGGCACAUCCAUACUGGGGAGAAGCCCUACAGCUGCGGUGACUGUGGCAAGAGCUUCACCAGAAGCACUACUCUCAGAAAUCAUCGUCGAAUCCACACUGGGGAGAACCCAUACAGCUGUGGUGAAUGUGGCAAGAUCUUUACCAGCAGCUCUGCUCUCAGAAUUCAUCAUCGCAUCCACACCGGGGAGAAGCCCUACAGCUGUGGUGACUGUGGCAAGAUCUUUACCAGCAGCUCUGCUCUCAGAAUUCAUCAUCGCAUCCACACUGGGAAGAAGCCCUACAGCUGCAGUGACUGUGGCAAGAGUUUCACCUACAGCUCUAAUCUCAGAAUUCACCGUCGCAUCCACACCGGGGAGAAGCCCUACAGCUGUGGUGAGUGUGGCAACAGCUUUAGCAGCAGCUCUGCUCUGAGAUGUCAUCGUCACAUCCACACUGGGGAGAAGCCCUAUAGCUGUGGUGACUGUGGCAAAAGCUUUACCAGCAGUUCUGCUCUUAGAUGUCAUCGUCGCAUCCACACUGGGAAGAAGCCCUACAGCUGCAGUGACUGUGGCAAGAGUUUCACCUACAGCUCUACUCUCAGAAUCCACCAUCGCAUCCACACCGGGGAGAAGCCCUACAGCUGUGGUGACUGUGGCAAGAGCUUCACCAGCAGUUCUGCUCUCAACUACCACCGUCGCAUCCACAACAGGGAUAAGCUGUAUACAUGCUGUGAAUGCAGCAAGAUCUUUAUCAGCAGCUCUGCUCUCUGCUGUCACCGUCGCAUCCACACCAGGGAGAAGGUGUACAGCUGCCAUGACUGUGGCAAGAGCUUUAGCAGUAGCUCUACUCUUAGCCGUCACCGUCGCACCCACACCGGGGAGAAGCCCUACAUCUGUGGUGACUGUGGCAAGAGCUUCACCAGCAGCUCUGUUCUCAACCGUCACCGUCGCAUGCACACCGGGGAGACGCCGUACAGAUGCGGUGACUGCGGCAAGAGUUUUACCAGCAGAUCUGCCCUGAGCUGUCACUGCCUCAUCCACACCGAUCAGAAGCCAUACAGCUGUGCUGACUGUGGCAAGAGCUUUACCAGUAGCUAUAAUCUCAGCCGUCACUGUCGCAUUCACACUGGGGAGAAGCCGUACAGCUGUGGUGACUGUGGCAAGAGCUUUACCAGCAGCUCUGCUCUCAGCUGUCACCAUCGCAUCCACACUGAGAAGAAGCCAUACAUUUGCAGUGACUGCGGCAAGAGCUUUACCAGGAGCUAUUCUCUCAGCUGUCACCGUCGCAUCCACACAGGAGAGAAGCCCUACAGCUGUGGUGACUGCGGCAGGAGCUUUACCAGCAGUUCUGCUCUCAGGUACCACUGUCGUAUACACCAGGGGGAGAAGCUGUAUGACUGCUGUGAGUGCAGUAAGACCUUUACCAGCAGCUCUGCCCUCAGCCGUCACCGUCGCAUCCACAGCGGGGAGAAGCCGUACAGCUGUGAUGACUGUGGCAAGAGCUUUACCAGCAGUUCUGCUCUCAGCUACCACCGGCGCAUCCACAACAGGGAGAAGCUGUAUGAGUGUAGUGAAUGCACCAAGACCUUCACCACCAGCUCUGCUCUCAGCCAUCACUGUCGCAUCCACAGGGAGGAGAAGCCGCACAUCUGUGGGGACUGUGGCAAGAGCUUUACCAGUAGCUCUACUCUCAGCCAUCACCGUCGCAUCCACACCGGGGAGAAGCCGUACAGCUGCGGUGACUGCGGCAAGAGCUUUCUCCACAGUUAUGCUCUCCGUUGUCACCGUCGCAUCCACACCGGGGAGAAGCCCUACACCUGCAGUGAAUGCGGCAAGAGCUUUUCCAGGAGACCUAAUCUGACCUGUCACCAACGCAGCCACAACAGGGAGAAGCCAUACAAAUGUGGCAACUGUGGCAAGAGCUUUACCAGCAGCUCUGCUCUGAGCUAUCACUUCCUCAUCCACACUGGGGAGAAGCCAUACAGCUGUGAUGACUGCGGCAAGAGCUUCACCAGGAGCUCUACUCUCAGCCAUCACCGUCGCAUGCACUCUGGGGAGAAGCCGUACAGCUGUGGUGAUUGCAGCAUGAGCUUUCUCCACAGAUAUGAACUCACGCAUCACCAUCGCCUUGUCCACACUGGGGAGAAUCUAUACAGCUGUGGUGACUGUGGCAAGAGCUUCACCUGGAGCUCGGCUCUCAACCUUCACCGUCGCAUCCACACUGGGGAGAAGCCGUACAGAUGUGGUGACUGUGGAAAGAGCUUUGCCAGCAGCUCUGCUCUCAACCUUCACCGUCGCAUCCACACCGGGGAGAAGCCAUACAGCUGCAAUGACUGCGGCAAGAGCUUUCUCCACAGGUAUGCCCUCACUUAUCACCGCCGCAUCCACACCGGGGAGAAGCCAUACAGCUGCGGUGACUGCGGCAAGAGCUUUCUCCACAGGUAUGCCCUCACUUAUCACCGUCGCAUCCAUACCGGGGAGAAGCCAUACAUCUGUGGAGACUGUGGCAAGAGCUUUUCCAGGAGAUCUAGUCUGAACUGUCACCAACGCAGCCACAACAGGGAGAAGCCAUACAGCUGUGGUGACUGUGGCAAUAGCUUUACCAGUAGCUCUGCUCUGAGCUAUCACUGCCUCACCCACAGCAGGGAGAAGCUGUACAGCUGUGUCUGUGGUGUGAGCUUCCAGCAGGACAGAGAUCUGAGCAAGCACCUGCGCAGCUGCAGGUACCAGAAGACAAACAGUGAGAGCAAAGCUUCCAAGGGUCCCCUCUCUGAGUGCCGCCAGGAGGAGCAGCAGGAAGAGGCAGAGAAUGAGCAGCAGGGUGAAGGUGAGACCCCCAGCAUGGAGCCUCAGAUUGAGCCGAGCCAGAGGCACCCUGAGACUGCAGUGAAGCAGGAAGAGGAGGAGGAGGAGAAAAAAGAGACAGUGGAGAAGGAGCAGGCAGAAAAGGCGGUGAAGGAGGAGAAGCAGGAGGAGAAUCAGGAGGAAUAACCAGAGGAAGAGAAAGAACAGCAGGAGGAAGGUGAAGGUAAAGCUGUCAUGGACCCCUCUGUGCCAGCUGAGCAGUGCCCUGAGUGCAGGCAGAGCUUCCUGCCUGUCUGGCAGCUGUAAAAGCAGCUCUGCCCCCAGCCUGGCACCCAGGGCUUCAUCUGCACCCACUGUGGCCAGCAGUACUUUGACAUCCUUUGUCAGCAGGGGGAAGGCACCCAGAAGGGCCCCAAGCCUCAGUUGGGCUGCAAUGAAUGUGGUGAGAGCUUUGCCGGCAGCCCUGAUCUCCUUGAGCACUGCAAGGUCCACACCAGGAAGAAGCAGUUUGGCUGCGGUGUCCGUGGCAAGAACAUUGCCUACAGUAGCAGUCUAAACUAUCGCCUGGCCCUGCACACUGGGGAGAAGCCAUGCAGCUCUGGUGGCUGCAGCAAGAGCUUCACCCACAGAUUUUCUCUCACCAAGCACUGCAUUGUCCACAAGACAGAGUAGCCUUUCGGCAGCGGUGACUGUGGCAAGAACAUUGCCUACAGUAGCAGUCUGAACUAUCACUUGGCCCUGCACACUGGGGAGAAGCCAUACAGCUGUGGUGGCUGCAGCAAGAGCUUCACCCACAGAUUUUCUCUCACCAAGCACUGCAUUGUCCACAAGACAGAGUAGCCUUUCAGCAGCGGUGACUGUGGCAAGAGCUUUGCCACCAGAUCCUCUCUCUCUGGCAUCACUGUGCCAUCCCCACUGGGGAGAAACUGUACAGCUGCUGUGACUGUGGCAAGAGCUUCUGGUACAAGUGCAACCUGACCAAGCACCUGCAGAGACUCAGCUGGUUCCCAAGGUGGUGUCCAUAAGCCCUGUUAGAUGAUGUCACCAUCACCAAACCUCAGCAACACCAGCACCAGCUUGGUACACUCAGGGAUAAAGCUACUGCCCAUGUGGCUGCAAGUCAGGGAUUCCAUGGAAACUGUGCCUGCAGCAGGGAACUAUCCCAAUAAAAGACUUCCCAAGG